UUCCAACAUUCAAUAAAAUAUUUAUUAUAUUUUUUUUAAAAUAUGGCUUCAGUUAAAGAUCAACUGCUGUGGAACAACAGUCGCAAAUCAUGGCUGCUGUAUAUUUUCUUGAAACUCGUUUGUUUCGUCCAAUUGCCAUUCGCUAUCACUGAUAAUGACGAUGGCGAAGUGCCGCAAACAAAUAAUUUUUCGUGGAUGCCCAGCGUUUUAUGGGCCAUUUUAUUGGGCAUUUUAGUUUACUUGAUGUGGAAGAAAUACUUUGGUGUCUUAAACGCAAAUUUGGUACAAAUCAAUUAUGAUGAACACAAUGAUAUACCUAAGGAAAUAAUUGAUGAACCAUGUGAUGAAAUGCGCGAUGAAACACAAAAUGAGACAAACCAUGAAUUACGCGAUCGACCUAUCAAUGAAAAACGUGAUGAUGAAUGCGAUAAGGCAAGCGACGAAAGAUUCAAUUCAACAAGCAAUGAAGGCGAUGUAGCCGGACCGGAAGAAUGCAAUGAAAUACACAAUGAAGCACGCAACGAACUAGUCGAGGAAUCUCGGAGUGAAAAACUCAAUGAAAUUCAAAUUCGAUCGGAAUGCGAGAAAUCUAGCAAUGAGUUAAGCGAUGAUUCGCAAUGUGAGCAAUACAUCAAAUCGCACGCAGAUGAGUUGCCAUCAGUGAGCGGACUUCAAUGCCAAAGCAAUGUUGCUAGAGAAAAGUUAUGCGAUGAUGAUUUGCCAUCAACAAGCGCUGCAUAUCGCAAUGAACGAAGCUUCGAAUCCAGCUCUGUAAUUGUAGACGAUGAGCAGCCAUCAACAAGUCGCGGAAUUCAACGUUUGCGAGCAUUGCCAGUAUGCAUUGUCGAGCCAGUUGUUCGCAAUGGAAAUUCAAUUGAUCGUAGUCGAGUUGCUUCCGCAACAAAUCGCAAUAAGCGACGGGAAUCAAAUGUGUUGCUUCGCACUCAUUCAAUUCCGUGA